AUGGCGCCGGGGCUGGAAGAUCCCCGGAUGACCUCGGUCCAACCCCGAAUCCGAUACAAUACCAUUCAGGGCAUCAACGGCCCUCUGGUUAUCCUUGAAAAUGUUAAAUUCCCUAGAUAUAAUGAAAUCGUGUCGAUAACGCUGCCUGAUGGGUCGGAGCGAUCUGGCCAAGUUUUGGAGGCUAGGGGUGAUAGAGCCGUCGUACAGGUCUUUGAGGGAACUACUGGCAUUGAUGUGAAAAAGACGAAAGUCGAAUUUUCCGGUCACAGUCUUAAACUCGGCGUGUCCGAGGACAUGUUGGGUCGAGUGUUCGACGGAUCGGGCCGUGCGAUUGAUAAGGGACCCAAGGUGCUGGCUGAGGACUACCUUGAUAUUAACGGUAGUCCUAUCAACCCAUACUCCCGAGUGUAUCCGGAAGAAAUGAUCUCGACGGGUAUCUCAGCCAUCGACACCAUGAACUCUAUUGCACGAGGGCAGAAGAUUCCAAUUUUCUCUGCGGCCGGUCUGCCACACAAUGAGAUUGCAGCCCAGAUUUGUCGCCAAGCUGGCCUUGUAAAGCCGACGAAGGAUGUUCAUGACGGCCACGAAGAAAACUUUUCCAUUGUCUUUGCAGCCAUGGGUGUUAACAUGGAGACUAGCCGCUUUUUCACGAGAGAUUUCGAGGAGAACGGCAGUAUGGAGCGGGUCACGCUGUUUUUGAAUCUUGCCAAUGACCCUACAAUCGAGCGCAUCAUUACGCCUCGUUUGGCGCUUACUACAGCUGAAUACUAUGCCUACCAGCUGGAGAAGCACGUUCUUGUUAUCCUGACUGAUCUUUCUGCCUACUGUGAUGCGUUGCGUGAGGUGUCGGCGGCCCGUGAAGAGGUGCCCGGACGACGUGGGUAUCCAGGUUACAUGUAUACAGAUUUGUCAACGAUCUACGAACGAGCUGGCCGUGUUGAAGGCCGCAAUGGGUCCAUCACGCAGAUUCCGAUCCUGACUAUGCCUAACGACGAUAUCACGCAUCCGAUUCCCGACUUGACGGGAUAUAUCACGGAGGGACAGAUCUUCAUUGACCGCCAGCUGUACAACAAGGGUAUCUACCCGCCAAUCAACGUGCUCCCGUCUCUGUCCCGUCUUAUGAAGUCAGCCAUCGGCGAAGGAAGGACACGCAAGGACCACGGCGAUGUGUCGAACCAGCUCUAUGCCAAGUACGCGAUCGGGCGUGAUGCCGGUUUGUCUUCCUCCCCAUUUUUCCCCAUCUUCCCCGUGCUGGUAGCGGAGCAGAGGCGUGUGGGCUAA